AUGGAGCCCAACCUUCAUCCGUGGCCCUUCGAUCCAUCAGUACUUUAUCUACAGGAUACUCAUAAGUCCCAGCUAUUAUGGGAUGAGGUGAUAGAUUCCAGUACGUUGUUCCGUUCCCGUAGGGUGGAACAUGCGUGGAAUAUUUUAGGGGCUUGGCCCCCACAUCCUCGCGUUUUAGAUAUACGUUAUCGGGGCAGUAUCUAUCAUUGUGUCGUUGAUGGUCAGGUACAGCAUGAUAGGGCUCUUGUGACCACCAUGAUUGAGGGAUGGCGACCGGAGGCCCACACAUUUCAUCUCUGCACUGGUGAGGCCACUAUCACGCUUCAAGAUGUGGAGGUCAUGUAUGGACUACAAGUAGAUGGAUGCCUGUUAUACAUUGAGGAGCCUCAGCCUCAGCCGCCGUUGUCGUAUCGGGAGGAGUUGACUAGGCUCACCGAUUACGUGCCUAGGGAGGGUGAGAUGUGGGGACAAAUUCGGAUGUCGAUGGUUGCCCUCUAUACUCACUUACACCUCUUAGACAUCGAGCGUCUUAUUACAGACGACAAACCUCAGGUGGAUGUAAAUCGUAGUGACCGUCUGUACUUACUCAUCAAAUUUGGGGGUAUCCUGUUCCCGAACACAUCGGGUUCCUAUGUGAGCUUAAAGUAUUUGGUAUUUCUGAAGGAUCUGGGCGAGUUAGGAUGUUAUAUUUGGGGCGCUACUGUUCUGGCUUACCUGUAUCGAUCAUUAUGUAAAGCGUCUACGGGCGAUAAGAGGGAUGUCUCUGGAUUUUAG